AUGGGUAUGAAGAUGGUUGUCGUGGUUGUAGUAGUUGGAGAUGUACGUUCCCCUUCAAAGCAUUGCCCCUCUUGCCGGUAGAUUGUGAUACCCCAGAAGAUCUAUGCUCGGCGUCUUGCACGGGAGAGGCUCGAGAGAGUGGACAGAAAUAGUAAAGGUGCUCGCGUCCUACGCCAUGAGAGGGACAAGACCCGGGGACUCGGAAGGAACGAGAUCAGGUGUCAAGUGACGAGGGAGGCGAUAAACCAAACGGCUAUCGAUGUGGGGAGAAGGGAACAAGGAACCCUAUUGGAGGGAGAAGGGGGAUCGAGGAGAUUGGGGAUGGGGAGGAGGAAACCUUCCGGCCGGGUGUAUGAACACCAGAUAACGAUGUGGGGAGAAGUAUGA